CUUAAAUGCCAGCUAAUGCAAUCCAAUUAAGUCCACUAAUAAACCUGACUGAUGAACUGCAAUAUAAUCACACAUCAAGCAGAGAUGUAGAGGAAAAUGCCACGGAACUGACAGUUUAGAACAGACUGUGUCAUUUUGAAAGACCCAAAUCACUUCUCAACAGGGAAACUGGGAAAAUCAACUCUAACUGGUGCUGGAGUUGGUCUCCAAGACCCAACACACCCUUUAAGCCAGUUUCUCUCCAUGAAACAUUUUUCAUGGAAUCACAGAACAGUCCAGGUUGGAAGGGACCUCAAAAGAUCACGUGAGCCAACCUCUCGUGGGAAAGGGAGCCCAGAUGAGAUUACCCAGAGCCCUGCCCAGGUAAAUCCUGUAAACCUCCAGGGCUGGGGACUCUGCCACUGCUCCAGUGAUUGAUUAUUCUCACUGAGUCAAAAAAAACAAUUCUUUUUCAUAUCAAGAUGAAAACUCUCCCAGUGCAACUUGCACCUUUUGCCCCUUGUCUUCCCCGUGCAGCUGGAGAAGCAUCAGCUUGAUAAUUGUCUCUGGGGAGCAGAAAUGCAAAGGAAAUUUUGGGUGGUGUGUGUGGGCCUCUUGAUAAUAUUAUUCAAACAAAACUAAAUGAGGCAGCAGGAAGUUAAAUAAACUCAUACUGGGAUACGAUGUGAACUUCCACUAGUGCCCCACAAACAACUUGCUUGAAGAUGGUGCAGUGUCUUUGUGUCAGCUCUGGGGGUCUCUUUCUAAGCCCAAAACAGAGGUUGGGGAUUUAAUGGAACAAUCUGUGUGAAAUUCUCUGCUCUGUUCUGCCAGAUGCCAGACAAGACAUAAUAGCUCCUCUGGCAUCAAUGCCUAUUAAUCUAAUCUUGACUUUGAUUCUCUGUGUGACUCCCUUUCAUCUGUAAAAUGGGGAUAAUGCUCUCUUUCAGACGCUUGUCAGCCCCUCUUAGCUCUGGGUACAGAGUGCUUUGAAGUUGACAUUAUUUGUACAUUUUACAGGAUUGUGACAGAGCUGCAGAUUGUCCCCAGCCCCUGUCUCAGUGGGGGCUGCUGGUGAAGGUCACCCCCUGCCCUGUGCCCUCACCCACUCGUGUGUCUGUGCAGCUCCCCUGGCACAGACCCUGGGCAGGGACCAGGGAACAUCCCACACACCCACUGCCUGCUCAGCUCUGCUCUGGUGGCAGUGGCAAGGGAAUAAUAAAGACAUUCAGUCACCUUGGACAGGCAGGGUCCUGCCUGUCUGAGCCCCAGAGCCUCUGCUGGACAAGGAACACACACGUCCCUGAGCUCCCUGUGCUGCACAGAGGGAACCACACACCCCCAACCAGUCCCUGAUGGGAAACUCCAACCACAGAGGGGCACCUGGAACCCAAAUCCCUCCCUGGUGGGCAGCCAGGUCCCUCUCUGCAUCUCCAGACCCAGCACCCACUCCUAAUCCCAAUUUCCAGGAGUGAUGGCCACAAACUAAAACACAACAAUAUCUUUCCUUGGAAACAGGAAUUCUUUCUGUCAUUUUAAAGGACCUAAACAGUGCAUUUAAUGGAACAGCUAAAACUUCUACGUGCUCAGUCAAUGAAAACAAAGUAAAAUAUCUUCAUUUUGUUUGUAAUCUGUGUCCCUGCACAGCAAAACAAGGCAAAAAAUACACCCUUUAAGUCACGUGCAUAUAAUUGUAUUAUUAAUGUAUUAAGAAUGUAAUUGCAAUACUCAGCACUGCACUGAAAUUAAGUGUGGAAAGGAGACACUGCAUUCCAGAAGUCUUCAUGCCAUAGAUACCUGAAAAACCUCUUGGGGGAAAAAGUAAAGCACAUGGUGGAAAAUUUGGAGGACUUUCCUAAGAAUUAAUUGCUGUAACAGAAGAGACUUUGCUAAUGCUAAUAAGCAAUAAAUGCUAAUAAGCCAGGAAAUCACCUUGCCCACUUAGAGGCAGCAGGGCUUGUGCCUGCUAUGCAACGUGUUUUCCAGUCUGGAUGUAAAAUCAAGUGAUUUCCAAUAUGGAAAGGGUUAAUCUCCCUGAGAAGCCUCAGCAUUUAAUUCAUUGGGCAUUGGAAGCCACCUGUGAGUGAGUGAGUGUUCAAGGGAAAGAGAGGGAGAUUUAGGCACAGCACUUUGCAAUUCCAUCACUGGUAGAGGCAUCAAUGCUGAGAACAUGAAUAAGCAUUUAUUUCUGGCUGCCAGAAAGCACAAACACCUCAAUUCCACCCCAGAAACUACACGAGCCACCUGAGCUCUGCGGCUGAGGAACAUCCUCCACCAGACCAAGAGUUACAAUAAUGGGGAAAUCAGAAAGCCAGAUGGAUAUUGUGGAAAAAUCAACGAAAUCUGGGAAGAAGCCCUGGAGCUUUGUGGCACUGGGUCUGGCUGUCCUGCUGCUCCUCAUGACUUGUGCCGCCGUCGCCCUGGUGAUCCUGUAUGCCAGCAGCAGAGGAACUCACUAUGGCACCAACUCAGGCAACAUAUGCACCACCCCUGGCUGUGUCACGGCAGCUGCCAGAAUAAUCCAGAACAUGGACCCCGCAGCUGACCCGUGCCAGGAUUUCUACCAGUACGCCUGUGGGGGCUGGCUGAGCAGGCAUGUCAUCCCAGAGACCAGCUCCAGGUACAGCAUCUUCGACAUCCUGAGGGACGAGCUGGAGAUCAUCCUGAAAGGUGUGCUGGAGACUUCAGAUCAAGGGGACAGAGAGGCAUUUCAGAAAGCCAAAAUCCUUUACAAGUCAUGCAUGAAUGAGAGCCUUAUAGAGCAACGAGAUUCUUUGCCUCUGCUGGAGGCCUUAAGGAUGGUUGGAGACUGGCCAGUGGCUUCUGCAGACUGGAAUAAGACCAAAGAGCCAAGCUGGAGCAUGGAAGAAAAACUGUCCAUAAUGAACUCCAGGUUUAACAAACGUGUCCUCAUCGACAUGUUCGUGUGGAACGACGACCGGGACUCCAGCAGGCACAUCAUCUAUAUUGACCAGCCAAGCUUGGGAAUGCCAUCCAGGGAUUACUACUUCAAUGGGGGCAACUAUCAAAGGGUGAGAGAGGCUUAUCUGCAGUUCAUGAUCACCGUGGCCAAAAUGAUCCGGGAGGACCAGAACGUGUCUAGAGACGACUCCUUUGUCCAAGAGGAGAUGACAAAGGUGAUGGAGCUUGAAACAGAGAUUGCAAAUGCAACGACCCCAGCAGAGGAGAGGCACGAUGUCACCUUGUUGUACAACAAAAUGACCUUAACGGAGCUACAGGAAAAGUUUGCAUUGAAUGAAUUUAACUGGACCUUCUUCAUCCAAGGUGUCAUGUCUUCAGUAAGUGUCCAGGUUGACCCAGAGGAGGAGGUGGUUGUCUAUGGCAUGCCCUACCUGCAAGAGCUGAAGGCAAUCAUCUCCAAGUACUCAGCAAGCACCAUCCAGAACUACCUCAUCUGGCGCCUGGUGAUCGACCGCGUCAGCAGCCUGAGCCGGCGCUUCAAGGACGCCCGGGCCAGCUACAGGAAGGCUCUCUACGGGACGACGCUGGAGGAGGCGCGGUGGAGGGAGUGCGUGAGUUACGUCAACAACAACAUGGAGAACGCGGUGGGAGCGAUGUAUGUCCGGGAGACUUUUGCUGGUGAGAGCAAGAGGAUGGUGCGAGAUUUAAUAGAGAAGAUCCGCGAAGUGUUCGUGGAGACCUUGGAUGAGUUACAGUGGAUGGACGAGGCAUCCAAGGAGAAAGCCAGGGAGAAGGCAAUGGCAAUCAAAGAACAAAUUGGCUAUCCAGAUUACAUUUUGGAAGAUCAGAAUGACAAGUUGGAUCAGGAAUAUGCCAAUUUAAACUUCAGUGAACACAAUUACUUUGAAAACAUCCUGGAAAACCUGCGAGCUGGAGCCCAGAAGAGCUUGAAAAAACUUCGAGAGAGAGUUGACCAAGACAUAUGGAUAAUUGGAGCUGCAGUGGUCAAUGCAUUCUAUUCCCCCAACAGGAACCAGAUAGUUUUUCCUGCUGGGAUCCUCCAGCCCCCCUUCUUCAGCAAACACCAGCCCCAGGCCCUGAACUUCGGGGGCAUCGGGAUGGUCAUCGGGCACGAGAUCACCCACGGCUUCGACGACAACGGAAGGAAUUUUGAUAAAGAUGGGAACAUGCUGGACUGGUGGAGCAACUUCUCAGCGCUGCACUUCAAGGAGCAGUCCCUGUGCAUGGUGCACCAGUACGGGAACUACACCUGGGAGCUGGCGGGGGGGCAGAACGUCAGUGGCAUCAGCACAUUGGGAGAAAACAUUGCAGAUAACGGAGGAGUCCGACAGGCCUACAAGGCCUAUUUGAAGUGGCUGGAACGGGAAGGGAAGGAGCCAAAGCUUCCUGGACUGAACCUGUCCCACAAACAGCUUUUCUUCCUCAAUUUUGCCCAGGUUUGGUGUGGCUCCUACAGACCAGAAUAUGCCAGCCAGUCCAUAAAGACAGAUGUGCACAGCCCUCUGAAGUACAGGGUGAUGGGAUCCUUGCAGAACUUCGAAGCCUUCUCCGAGGUGUUCCACUGUAAGCAGGGCACAGCCAUGCACCCCGCAGGGAAGUGCCGGGUGUGGUAACCCAGGGACAGGGAGGGUGACCCCUCCGGGGCCACCACACACGGCUCGGGGCAGGGACGUGCCUGGUGUUCUCCUGCUCAGUCCCAGCCAGGGCUGACGGGGCAGCUGCUGGAGUGGGAACCCUGGCCCCACGGCACUGAGCUGUCCCAGUCCCCCGGGCAGCACACGGGGAUCGCAGGGAGCCGGGGCUGGGCCGGAGCCCACGGGGUGUUCCCGGCAGAGCGACUGUUUCCAACGACAUCCCGACUGUUAUCAAGACACUGCAUCAGGGCUACAAGGACUAAUGCUUAAGGGAAAACAAAACCAACAAACAGCCACAAGUCUAUUUUUCAGAAAGGAACAAUAAUUUUAAUAUGCCAGCUCCGCCUUCUGAGGCUCAGCAAACCUGUCUGAGGCGUUUCACUGAUCCGUUCCCAGUGUUCUGAUCCGCUUUCUGGUGCAUUCUUCCCCAAAUCAGGUUAGAGCUGCUGUAAACUCUGCUGUGUGUACCCCUGCACUUUGCUUUGCUGUCAGAGAUCGCUAUUUGUCGUGACAUGUCACGCAGUGAGCCCUGUGUCGAGAUACCUGUUGCACUCUCCUCCUACACUCGAGUUCCUCUGCUCCAAAGAACAACCUUCAAGUGACAUAUCACUGGAAUUAUCACAUUUUAGGAGUACAAAUUCUGUCUUCAUGGUUAAAUUACAGGGUCCCACCCUUCAGAGAUAUAUUUAAAAUUAUGCUUAUUCUUGUAGAAAGUGUAUAAAAUACCUUUUGCCAAAUAGCAAAACAUGUAUCCAUGGAAACAAUUAAGCUGGUUUUAAUCCUGUGCCUUUUUGUUUUGCCAUAGGCUAUUUUUCAGUAUUUACACUUGAAAAUGUAACAUGCAUUAAUUUUUAAUAAAAUUUAAAAGA